CAGACGAUUGUAUUCGACCAUACUUAAUAUAAAUAUUGAAUAUGAUAUCAGACAUUUGUGCGUGUGUUUACAAUUCUAUCUAAUAAAACAUACGAGCUCGUAAGCUUCUCGUUUCGUAUUAUAAUUUACGGUGUUCGCAAUUGGCAUAAGUAUUGAAAAUACUUUAAUAAGAUUGUCUCGUGGAUAAGUUUACUGAUUUUAGAAAUGAUUUUCUUCAAUCACUCCGUCAUUGGUGCACCGGCCAAUAACGUAAUCCAGACUUGCAGUGAUAAAACAAAGGAUUUCAACGACACGUAUCCACAUUCUCGUCCAGUGAUAAUCAAUCGUUGCACUGUCAAGUACCGUUUAGCUAUUAUCUCCGACUUGGAUAGCAAAUCGAAGAGCUGCAUGCAGGAUUGCACGUGGAUCAGCUAUAUGAAAAAAGGCUAUCUGAUAUACAAAAUAGACGAUGGAACUACCGAAUUCGAGUGGGACGAGGGAGAGGAUAUUGCAUUAAAAUCUAAUUUAGCGGUCAACGGUCGAGGAAUGGAGCUGUCUGAACUGGUGACGUACGACGGUAGACUUUUGACCUUUGACGACAAGACUGGAAUUAUUUAUGAAAUGCACGACGACCAUUCCUUGUCAAAGUGGGUGGUUGUGACCGGCGGAGACGGUAAAAGCUCAAAAGCAUUUAAAUUAGAAUGGGCAACGGUAAAAGACAAGAAGCUCUACGUGGGGACACACGGCAGGGAAUUGAAGCAGCCGAACAGUGAUAAAUUAGAUUACUCGGGUAUGUGGAUAAAGGUCAUCGAUAGUGAAAGAAAUGUGGAACACGUCGACUGGAUAGAAAAUUAUAAGAAGUUGCAAGCCAAAUUAGGGAUUUCCUAUCCGGGAUAUUUGAUCCAUGAAUCUUGCGUAUGGAGUUCAGUGAACCAGAAAUACUUUUUUCUACCCAGGAAAGCGUCUCAUGGCCAGUAUGACUGCAAAGUGGACGAAACAAAUAGCACUAACAUCUUGUUGAGCGCCUCGCCAGACUUCGAAGACAUCAAGGUGGUAAGAAUCGGUGAAAUCAUACCCACUCGCGGAUACUCGAGUUUUAAGUUCGUGCCGGGUACAGAUGAAUCUCUAAUUGUUGCCAUAAAAUCCGAAGAAGUGGGGGAAACCACAGGAACAUUUAUAUCAGUGUUUACGAUCGACGGCAAAAUCAUUUACGAGGAAACUCAAGUGUCUAAUCGUAAAUUUGAAGGAAUUGAGUUUGUGUAAACCCCAAAGUUUUUAUUUCCUUUAUAAUUCUUAUACAAGCAUCAAUAGUUGUUUUAAUAUAUAAUGUUUUAAAAUUGUAGUGAAAAAUAAAACUGUCAUCAAUUACUAAUUGUGCAUAUUUCAAAAAAUUAAUUUGUUCAACAAAUAUAUAGAAG